GAGCAUCGCCUCCUCCUGGGCUGUGGGCCUGCCAGGGCUUCGUCCUGGGUUAGCCUGUGGAUCUGGUGGAUUCUGGUGUCUAACUGGUGUCUCUCCCCACAGGCCUACAACAUCCACGUGAAUGGGGUGUUGCACUGCCGAGUGCGUUACAGCCAGCUCUUGGGGCUGCAUGAGCAGUUAAGGAAAGAGUAUGGCGCUAAUGUGGUCCCAGCCUUUCCCCCAAAGAAGAUCUUCACACUCACCCCAGCAGAGGUGGAGCAACGACGGGAACAGCUGGAGAAAUACAUGCAGGCGGGUAAGCUCAGGGACCCGACACUUGGAGGGAGUGAGACCUUCAACAGCUUCCUGCGCAAAGCCCAGCAGGAGACGCAGCAGAUACCCACAGAGGAGGUGGUGCUGGAAGUGCUGCUUUCCAAUGGCCAGAAGGUCAAGGUCACCAUCCUUACCUCGGACCAGACAGAAGAUGUCCUUGAGGCUGUUGCCUCCAAGCUGGAUCUGCCAGAUGACCUGGUUGGCUACUUCAGCCUCUUCCUAGUGAGAGAGACCAAGGAUGGAGCUUUCUCCUUCGUGCGGAAGCUGCAGGAGUUCGAGCUGCCCUACGUGUCCGUCACCAGCCUGCACAACCCCGAGUUCAGGAUCAUCCUGCGCAAGAGCUACUGGGACUCCUCCUAUGAUGACGAUGUAAUGGAGCAUCGUGUGGGGUUGAACUUGCUGUAUGCACAGACGGUGUCAGACAUUGAGCAUGGAUGGAUCCUUGUCAACAAGGAACAGCACCGGCAGCUGAAGUCCCUGCAGGAAAAAGUCUCCAAGAAGGAGUUCAUCCGCCUGGCCCAGACCCUCAAGUACUAUGGCUAUCUCAAGUUUGACCCCUGCAUCACUGACUUCCCGGAGAAGGGAUGCCAUGUAGUCGUCAGUGCUGGCAACAAUGAGCUCAACUUCCAGGUGCGGCUGCCCAAUGAGCAGAUCAAGGAAGGCAGCUUCAAGGUCACACGCAUGCGGUGCUGGCGGGUCACAUCCUCGGUGCCGAUGAGCAAUGGUCCCUUGGGGAGCAGCCCGGGGAAGUCUGAGGUGAAGCUGGAGCUGGCUUUUGAGUAUCUAAUGAGCAAGGACCGGCUGCAGUGGGUCACCAUCACCAGUCCACAGGCCAUCAUGCUGAGCAUCUGCCUGCAGUCCAUGGUGGAUGAGUUGAUGGUGAAGAAGUCUGGAGGCAGCAUCAGGAAGAUGUUUCGCCGGCGCAUGAAUGGAGCCCUGCGGCGCUCGGACAGCCAGCAAGCUGUGAAAUCCCCCCCGCUGCUGGACUCACCUGAUGCCUCCAGGGAGCCAAUGGCCAAACUCUCGAGCAAGCUCACCUCUGUCAGCCUGCGAGGGAUCAGCCACUCCAGUUCUGCUAAUGAUGUGGGCGCUAAUGACUUCCAUGGCAAUUAUGCCUUUGAGGGCAUUGGCGAUGAAGAUCUGUAGUGCCCCCCUUCCUAGGACAGCACCCACCGAGGGUCUUCGCUGAGGAAUGUACGACCUGCAGACAGGUUGCAAUCAACGUGCCUCUCACCUGCUACAUCCACCUUUCCCUGCUCCCGUGGGCUGGGGAGCAAACCCCCAGCCCUCCGCUGCCUUUGGGAUGGGGGCAGCUGAACCCCUCCUGCUGCUGGCUCCAGCUGGGAGAGGGCCUGUUCCCAGGG